AUGCCACCAGCGACUUCCAAAGCUCGAAUUGACAAACAAAAGUCGGAUCUAGCGCUGCUGCAGACCCAAAACACUUCCUUACUUAACAAAUAUCAGACACUAACUGGUCUACACAAAAUAGACAAAUCAGCUGAAGAGAUCAUGAAGGAACACAUCGCUAAUUUGAAGAAAUACAACGAACUUAGGGAUACUGGCUUGGGACUCGCACAGAUGAUCGCAGACGAGAAAAGUUGCAAGCUAAGCGAAGUGUUUGAAGAGAUGGGAUAUGAAAUGCAAGAUCGCUUGUGA